CGGACCGUACCAUGAUAUGACAAUAUCAACCUCGAUUUUCCUGUACCUUAGAUUUACAUUAUGUGCAUAUUUUACAUAUUAUACAUUAACUUCAGGAAAGAGACCAUUUAAUUCUAUAUCUAUACAUUUAGCUAAUGUGAUAAUAUUGUAUACCAAUAUUGUAUGUCGACAAGACUGCAAAUUUGUUUUUAUGAUGGACUUUGACUAAAUAUAAUUGAAUAUUGUGUUAAAUUAUAUACUUGAUUGCAUUUUACUCGAAAACAAGCGGAAUUCUUAAAAGUGCUAUCAGUUUUGUUAGGUGCCUGUCAUAAACAGAUCUGGAAAAUUAGAUGAUCAUUGCUUUAGAAAUACAUUGCAAUUAGAAGGCACAUUUAGGAUAAUAUAAAUGUACGAAAAUUGAUGAUUGGUAUAAAAUGCACUUAACAAACGUUUUACAUGUGCAAUGUAUACAUAUGAAGAUAGUAGUUGGACUAUGUUCGUUCCUCGUCAUAAACAUAUUAGUCGGUCACCUAUGUUCCGUAUUGAAAGGCACGGGUACUGUGGUACAGCCUGUGCCGAUGAGGAAUGAAGGCACUUCGCUCCCUGUACCGAAGGUACUACGCAAAUCUUUACAAAUCAAGCAUGAUCGGUAUAGCCAUUGUCCGGAGGAUCGAAACGGAUCAUGUGCAGAUACUGAGAGACAUCGGAUAAUCUACAAUCGUUUAAAUGAAAUUAUCAGAGAAAAAGAAGCUCUGCAACACCAUCCAUGUCAGGACAUCAGCCUUGCAGCUGACGCCACAUUGUCUACACUGCAUUUGUUAGAUUCCCCGUAUAAAGUUUAUGACAUCGGUGACAAAAUAUAUGUAAGAGCAACAUUAUUUGACUCAUUCGGAAAACAAAAAUCGACUGGUGGAGACCAUCUCCGUGCAAGGAUAUGGAAUUCAAAUGCUUCUGCACCAGGAGUUGUGUAUGAUCAUAAUAAUGGAUCGUACACACUUAUUUUUGAAGCUUUGUGGAGUGGAAGGUCAUGGAUUUCAGCAACUAUAUCAUAUACAAGGGAAGCAAUUACAGCUUUUUAUCGAAUAACUUCCGAGGUAGUUUCCCUCAUAUAUAUAAUGGCGAUGUACAAAGCUAAUAAUUUCGAAGAAGAUGCUCUUUGUCAUCCGGAUGUAAACCAUCUCAUCACACGUGCCAAAUACAAAGAUGCAUGUAAUUUUACAAAUUUAAAUUCCGGCAUGCCAUGGUAUUGUGGAAAACCGAAAAGUCCAAAUCUGAAAUGUAGUGACUGGAACCUUUUGAAAGUAUCAUAUCCAGGUUUGCCGCCAUCCCUAAGUGAAUGUGAAAAGAAGAUUCUUGGCUCGAGAUGUCAUAAAGUUUUAACCAAGGCCAUGGAAGUAAUUGUCAAACAACCUACACAUAUCAACGGAACGGAAAAUGUGCAGCCCAAUAUUUCAUGCUUUAAAUAUAAUACAACUAAGCUUUGGUACAGAAAAUAUACAACUGGAUAUUUCUACAAAGGAAGGUGGACGCUAACACAUUGCCAAGGGCUCCAGAGCGCCAAUUUUCAGGAAUGUCUGAGAAACAAAAUACUUUACCUUAUAGGGGACUCAACAGUAAGACAGUGGUACUCAGAUAUUCGCGGCCGGUUUCAUUGUAAUCAGUUUACAGAAAACUGGACAAAUGAAAAAUGGAAAAGGGCUUCAAGCUGCAAAGUUGAAGGUUAUAAUCUUACCGUACAUUUGGCACAACACAGUCAACCAUUUUAUGUUGGCACUCAAUGGACGGACCCGAAACAUACUCUUAUAUCUAUAUCGAAACGACUUGACUUAAUAUCCUCGAAAGAAGAUGCAAUAGUUUUAUUUCAUAUGUUUUUGCACAUGAGACUCUUUCAUCAUGACCAGUUUAGAAAUAAAAUGCAAAGAAUCCGCAAGAGUGUUGAGAAACUUUUACAAAGAAAUAGCAGAGUGAAAAUAUUCAUUAAAAUGCCCCAUACAUAUACACAUUACAAAACGCUCCUUAACGAUUUUUUCGGAUAUGUUUACACACGUAUUAUAUUUGUGACAUUUAAGGGUUUAUAUGAUAAAAUGAUUGUUUUGAACAACAGAGACAUAACUAAUUCUGUUGCUUCAGAGCAUAUGCACCCAGAUGAUUUCAUUGUACGUUCUAUGGUAGAUCAGAUGUUUAGCUAUAUUUGUGAAUAGGUGCUCCACAUUCAACACUCUUAGGAUGUAUUUUUGAGCAUUUCAAUUUUAGUGCACAAAAAUAAAAAAAAGGAAAGGCAUAAACUAGAAAUAAGGUCAAUGGCAUACAAACUCUUCAGUAGAGCGGUAUUUUUUGCUUUACAUUUUAUUGCCUUUAAUAUAUCACUCAACAAAUUUAAAAUUAAAGGAGUCAGACUUAAAAAGAAAAUGACCAUUUCAGAUCACUAAAAUAGGUAACCACCAGUCUCGAAGAUUUUAAAUUACAAUUAUUAUUGUUAAGCCAAAAAUGAUAAAUUGUUUCUUAUACAUUUUUUUACACCUACAUAUAUAUAUCUAAAAUAACCACGGAACUAUUUAAUAAAUGCAGAUUAAAGGGAAUUCCGAUAGUUUUUUUAUGCGCAUCUUUCUGCGCAGCCGACACUUUCUAUGGAAAACUGAACUGAAGUCAACAUUUGUUGAAACAUGUUACAGACAGUCUUAAAUAUGAGGAAUCUUGAAUGAAAUAACAUUUUUGAUAAGUUUUAUCAGUAAUCAAAUGUUGAUACUGGUUUAUGUUGUAUUGACAAGUAUCGUGCCUGACAGGUAUCUUGCUAUUUUUGUGGUUGUGUUUUCACAUCGCAUUUUAGUACAAAGACAGUGUUGUUCAUAUAAUGUAAGAUAAUUGACUUAGUACUGAUAAGACAAUAUCACCUUUCAGAUUUUUUUUGUAUUCAAUUAUAGAAAGAAUUAAGAAUUUUUAAAACAUUUUUUUUAACUUCUAGCAGACAUACAUGUAAUCAAUUUGGCCAGGUUCGCGCCAUUUUCCGUCCGAACAGGUGUUAUAUUCUAGCGGUCUUAACAUAAAAUUUAGCCUGGUGACCCAUAUAUUUUUAGCCAUUUUUAUGCUCACAAUACAAUUAUCUACACACAAGAAAAACAGGAAAAAAUUCUAUAAAAGAGUUUUUUCAAAAUUUAAAAAAAAAUAUUCUUCACUAUGGGUAUUUUUCACUGAAAAAAGUUCACAAAAGUAAAUAUUAAACAAUAUUUUUUUUUCAUUUGUACCCAUUAUUGUAAGGAUAGAGUUUUACAAAUAUGACUAUGAUAUCAAAUAAGUAUAUAAUAAAAUCUGUAAAAAGAAAAAACUUUAUUGUACUGUCUUGAUGUAUAUUCUGGUUGGUAUUUAUAAAAAAAGCAGAAAAUUAUGAAAAUGUUUAAAAAUCGCUAGCAGUUUCAGCAACAGUCGGUGUGUUCAGUACAAUUUUUCACAAAAACAAGCCUGGUGACCUAUUGUUUUUAUUUGUUCAUUGUUUUCAGCACAAAAUUUCCUAUCAUAUAUGUGAAUUUAAAAAAUUUCUAUGAAAGGAAAAAAACUAUAGGAAUUCU